AUGUUAUAUUCUAUAACAGCGGCAGCUUCACGAGUAAGUAUUCUAUUGUAAUUUUGUUGUUUUAGGCUGAUUUGCUGUUGGAACUAUGGAUAAUGUUUAAAAAAUUGGAAAAAUUAUAUAUUUUUUACUGGUAUAUAGUGAAUUUAUAGUUUGCAGAGUAUUUAGCUUUAAAUUCCAUAGUUUUACGAGUAAAUUGUUGUUGCUAAAAACUUAAAAAAUGUUUUUUUAUACUACUAUUGAAAUCUAAAAUUAUAUUAUUUUGAUAUUUGUCUGCUUUCAGGGCUGUCGCAAGUACAUGGAAGAUAGGAUAUCGAUAGAAGUCACUCGCAAUGCAGAAAAACAGAUUGAUGGUAUUUUUGUAGCAGUUCUGGAUGGUCAUGGUGGGCCCGAGGCUUCGUCUUACGUAAAACAACAUUUAUGGUCUACAAUACGAGAUUCUGAAGGCUUUGACUCAGACGACGAUGACAUGGUGUUAAAAGCUAUGAAGUCGGCGUUCUUACAGAUUCACGAAGAAAUGAAGGAUGUUCAUUCUACAUGGCCUUCCAGAGCCAAUGGGUUUCCAUCAACGGCUGGGACUACAGUGAGCUGUGCUCUGAUAAGGAAUGGGAAGAUCUACACAGCCCAUUGCGGGGAUUCUCGGAUUGUCAUGGUUAGAGAGACGUCAAUGGGUAUGCUUUUAUAAGUUCUGUUUUGUGCUUUUAGGAUUUGCAAACGUUAUUAUGCUAAAAGCGACGAUUUAUUGCACUUUUAUGCAAUUUUUGUCGAAAAAUCGAUAAAUUAGGUAUAAAAGGUAACUUUACAUCUAAAUUCAGGUUUUUCCCACACCGACCUGACAGCCGAUCACAAGCCAGAAGAUCACAAGGAAUUAGCUCGGAUCGAACGGGAUGGAGGCAGUGUUUCACGGGUUUCGAUAGUACCACGGGUAAUGUGGGUACGGCGACAUGUCGAUCGUACCGAAUCCGUGCCAUUCUUAUCGAUUGCACGAUCACUAGGGGAUUAUUGGUCAUAUGUACCUAGCACAAUGAAGUAUGCAGUGUCUCCGGAGCCGGAUGUUGAUGUUCGUCCGGUGACAGCGAUGGAUAGAUAUUUGGUUUUGAUUACAGAUGGUAUUACGCAUGUCAUAAAGUCGUCACAAAUUGCAGAUUACAUGUGGGAGUGUCAUCCUGGGGUUAGGAACGUAAGUUUUUGGUUGUUAUGAAUGUUUCAGUUUGUUUUUAUACCUAAACUUAUAUGUUUUCAAGGUAAACGUAUUUUAGCGAUAAUUUAAAAAUUUUACUUUUUUGUGAUAAAUAUGUUAUUUAAUUUUGAUAUAUUAAUUAUGUUUGUUUUAGAAUAGAAUUAAGAAUCCAGCUAGAUUUCUCUUACAAAAAACUAUUGUUGGAUGGAAGAACUUGAAAAGCGAUAAUAUGUCAAUACUAUGCGUAUCAGUAAGUCUUUAAUUUAUUUUUGAAUUUUAGGUACUAAAGCCAUUCAAAUUAAAUUCUACGCUGAUUUUACUAUUGUUAGAGUAAAAAAAGUGUUGGUUCGAAUUUUUAAAGUUUAGUUAUCUUAAAAGAUGAAUAGGUUUCUACUUUGUUGUCUAGAAUCUUGGAUUUGAUUUUAAAAUAUCGCAUUGUAAUGUAAAUUUACAAUACAGUCAUUUUCUUACCUUCCUUAACAUUUUUAGUUCCACAACAAGUCGCGUGAUCCGUACGCAUCUCUUCCGUCAUCACAUGAGCCUACAAGUAUGGAUGUGCCGUUAGAACAUUAUCUCACAGCUUCGCCAAGGUCGAUAGCGUUGGUCUCACACCAAUCUCAUCGUUAUGUCAACCCCGAGCAGGACUCGUUGUUCAUAAGAGUGAAUCCAUACGAGGUAGUAGAGAAUUUCAAAGGGCCCGGAUUUGCGGAUCUGACGGAGUCAGAUGAAGAGGACGAAGAUGAAGAUAUCGAAGAAGUGUCAGAUUUUGUAUUGGAACGACAUUCAAUCAGGAUGGAAAGAGAAACCAGCAUUAAUGGAGGUAUGAAAGGCAUUGUCUUGAAUUUUUAAAGGAUUUUUUUUAUUUUUUGGGCAAUUUUUAGUAAAAAAUUCGGUUUUUGGUCGUUUUUAUCAGGUAUUAUGUUAUGUUUAAGCCUAAAGCUUUUAAAUUUGUAAUAAUAUCUGUUUGCAUGGCUUAGAUUUAUUUUUAAAAGAUAUAAAAAUGCUUGUUUUGUAGAUGAAUUUGAUGUAAUCGACGAGUUUGACGAAGAGAUUGUGCGCAGUUUGGAAGCGGCCGGGCCUAAUGCUGCUCAUCAACCAGUACGGGUACUGAAUGUGCACUCAGAACGUCGACAUUACCUCAUGAACGGCUCACUAAACGGCGAAGUGAAAGAGAAAACGGUCGAAGUAACAAAGCUGGACUUUGAGAAAUCGGAAGAGUUGGAUUCGGAUAUCGAACGACUGGUCAGAACACCAGACAGAAGUAUUCUGAUUGAAGUUGAGGACAAAGAGUCGUCUCUUUUGGAGGAUUCAAAGCUUGUAGACAGUGAAGAUUCAUUGUCGGAGACAGAAGAUGAAAAGAGUGUAAAGAAGAUCAGGAAACGGCCGAGUUCGGCCAUGGCUGGGGAUAGGAAUCUUCAGAUUAAAGGUAGGUAUAUCAAUCUCCUUGUUAUACUUAUUGUUUUUUUUGGCUUUUAAAUUGAUGUUUUUGAUUUUAUAAGGCUUAAAGUAUAACUUUUUAAAAUAAUAUUAACAUAGAUUUAAAAGUAUUUUGUUCUAGUUCAACGUCUAUCAGAUGGGAAGUAA